AUGGUUAACCUUUAUCCUGCCGCAAUCGACAGUGAUGAGGAAGUUGAAGCCGACGAAAGUGGCGAGGAUGAAAACAUGGAUGACAUUGAGGCUAUUGCGGUGGUGAAAAAGAAAAAGGUUGCUGGAGCAGCAAAUGAGUUUUCUUCGGAUUUCUCAUUCGAUUUCUCGGCUGACCAGAUGGUCGACCGUGACGAUGCUGCUUUAAAGAAAUAUCUACGCAAGGAAGUUGCGUCGACUUUGGAGGAAAAGAUCGAAGCUGUUCGCAAGGCAAAGAACACAUCAAAGGAGGUUGAAAUAGACAUUAAAGAUGAAGACGAUGGUGUGGAGCAGUUAGGUGGACGGGAGGCAAAAGACAAAUUGCGUGAUAAGAAGAAGAUGGGGCGCAAAAGCGUCCAGAAGCAGGAUGACUUCUUCGAUAAGGCAAUGGAUUUCUCGGACAAUAUAACAUUUGAUCAGAUGAAUUUGUCACGUCCAAUGUUAAAGGCUAUUGCAGCAGCGGGAUAUACAGAACCUACACCUAUUCAAGCAGCCUGUAUACCAGUCGCUCUUUCUGGAAAAGAUAUUUGCGCUUGUGCAGCAACAGGAACUGGAAAAACGGCUGCUUUUGUCUUGCCGAUAUUGGAAAGACUUUUGUAUCGGUCGAACGCUCGUUCUUGUACACGCAUCCUGGUACUUGUCCCAACAAGAGAGCUUGCCAUUCAAGUUUUCCAGGUGUUCCGCAAGCUUUCCACAUUCUCGCAAGUAGAAGUCUGUCUAUGCGCAGGUCAGUUCCCAUAA